AUGGAGAAAAAGAAAAUUCUGAUGAAAUCCAAGGUCGCUGCUCCUAACCUGCUGAGGGCACUGUAUUCUCUGUACCAGUUUGGUCACCUCUGUGACGUGACAGUUCACACACAACAUCUUGGAAUUCAGGAGGAGUUUCUGGUUCACAAAGCUGUCUUGGCAGCUUCCAGCAACUAUUUCAAGGGGCUUUUUCUGCAUGAUGAGAUGCUGGACGCCAAAAAUUGCACAGUGACUCUGCAAGACAUUUACACGGAAGAGUUCACCUCCUUCCUGGAGUUUGUUUACACUGCAGAAGUGGAGAUUGAAGCAGAAAAACUGCAACGGAUGAAAGAAAUAGCCGAAAGACUUGAAUGCAAGGAUUUGCUUGACAUUUGUGAAGAAGUAAAAGCAGAGAGCAAGAAGGGUUUAGAUUUGAGCCUCCAUCUGAAAGGUCAGCUGUGUGAAAAUGGUGGGCCACAGUGGACUGACAUCCAGCAAGAGGAGAACUGCAAACUGAGUAACUCUUCCCAAGUUGUGGCGAUACCCAUGCAGAAGAAACUCUGGGAUAGGCAAAAACAUAAGAAGUUGCUGACUGGCUAUGAAGUCUAUUCAACUAUUGAAGGCCAGACGGCAAGCCUGGAGCAAGAGGACACUGCUUUUCCAGAAUCAAAAUCCAGGACAGCAAAGCUACCAAAACGUGACAAGACAAAUACCAGAAACAGACUCAACAUGGAUAUUGUUAGUCUGGAAAAUGAGAAUAGUCAUUCUCUCCUAAGUGAGACUGAGUCAAACAAAGCCUGCGUAGUAAUUGGGAACGCGCUGACAGAGCAGUGGGAAGAUGAAAACAGUCUGAUUUCCAAAUUUGCCAAUAAAACUGCACGUAGGAAAUCACUGCGGCAUGUGGCAAAAGUCUUGCCACAGAUUGCAUGCGAGAAGCGACAUGAAUCGUUCCAUGUUAUCAAGCAGUACCAGUCGGACAUAGAGCUCAAGCAUGACGUUAAUCUGGCUGUGAAGUACAGCUGUAGCACGUGUGAGCAGUUCUUCUCCACUCACCAGCACCUCCGGCAGCACCGCCUCACCGUUCAUAGUGAUGAGUGGGGCUUCUCCUGCAUAUUUUGUGACAAGAGAUUUAAGCGUCAGAAGGACAUAGGCGACCAUAUCCGCAGGGUGCACGAGAAGAAGAGGGAUCCCCAGGCCUGCCCAUACUGCGACAAGGUCAUCAGUUCCAAGUGUGGCCUGACAGUCCACAUACGAACGCACACCAGGGAGAAACCUUAUAAAUGCGAACGCUGCCCCGCCAGCUUUGCUCAGCGGUCUGCUUACAAUACUCAUGUAAGACCAAAAGCCACAAGCUGUGUCAAAGAUUAUGGCAGAGAGACAUGGGGUGGGACGUCGGCGGCUGAACAACAGAAGUGUGCUAGGCAUGAAGAGGCAACAAGUCGUGAGGAAGAACCCGGGGGUUCAUCUGUUGCUGGAGCAGACUGUAGCAAUGAGCAGGAAGAACGGAAGCGGAAAUGUAAGGAAGCUGAAGCAAGACAUGAAAAAAUGAGUGAAGAAGGGAGUGAGGAUGAGGGUGAAAUGGGUGUGAAGGGUGAGGAGGAGGUAGAUUACAACGCGGUGUAUUCAGAAGUUGAAGACAGUAGAGGUAAUGAGGAGGUCUGUACUGAGGAGGACGAUGAGGAUGAUGAAUACUCCAAUGAGAAGGAUGGUGAAGAACGUGAAUCAGAUGAAGAGUUUAAGAUAAAGAAGAGAUGUCCAUCAGUGCUUGCCUGGUAA